CGUCAUUGUUUGUGCUGCUGGCGGAAUACGAGUUCAUAUUCUAAACUGCCUGGUUUGAGUUCUACAUAUUUUUUUUGCUGUUUAGUUCUAUGUUUUAGUUUAUUUCGCUUAAUAGCAAAUCACCAUGUCGGUGGCGUUUGCACCUCAUAGACAACGUGGAAAGGGUGAUAUAACACCCACUGGAAUUCAGAAGUUACUGGAUGAAAACAAUCAGUUGAUUCAAUGUAUAAUGGACUUCCAGAGCAAAGGAAAGACAGCAGAAUGUUCACAGUACCAGCAGAUGCUCCACAGAAAUUUAGUUUACCUGGCCACAAUAGCAGACUCCAAUCAGAACAUGCAGUCUCUGCUCCCUGCUAAGUGUGACUCCCCUACUCCCCCAGAGGUAAAGCUUGAACCUCCUACUCAGAACAUGCCCAUGGGCCCUGGUGGGAUGAACCAGAGCGGAGUGCCGGGCCCCCAGCCCCCCCACGGACACAACAUGCCCUCUGAGGGCAUGGUCAGUGGCGGACCCCCAGCCCCACACAUGCAGAGCCAGAUGAACGGACAGAUGCCUGGGCCUAAUCACAUGCCCAUGCAGGGCCCUGGGCCGGGUCCCAACCAGCCCCCCAACAUGCCCGGCAGCGGCUCCAUGAACAUGCCCCCCAGCAGCCAUGGCUCUAUGGGCGGCUACAACCACGCUGUACCCUCCUCUCAGAGCAUGCCUGCCCAAGGCCAGAUGAACAUGACCCAAGGACCCAUGGGUAACUACGGCCCCCGGCCCAACAUGAACAUGCAGGCUAACCAAGGCCCCAUGAUGCACCAGCAGCCUCCCUCCCAGCAGUACAACAUACCCCCUGGAGGUGGCGGGCAGCACUACCAGGGCCAGCAGAACCCCAUGGGCAUGAUGGGCCAGGGGAACCACGUGAUGGGGCAGAGGCCCAUGCCCCCUUACAGACCCCCACAGCAAGGACCCCCUCAGCAGUACCCAGGGCAGGAAGACUACUAUGGGGACCAGUACAGUCACGCAGGACAGGGAGCCUCAGAAGAGCGAGACCCAGCAGCCAACCAACAGUCCCCCUAUGAAAAAGAUAAUGAGCGAGACCCAGCAGCCAACCAACAGUCCCCAUAUGAAAAAGAUCAUGGUAAUGCCCAGUAUGGCCAGCAGCAGGAGGCCUACCAGCAAGGUCCUCCCCAGCAGCAGGGCUACCCCCCACAGCAGCAGUACCCUGGACAGCAGGGCUACCCUGGACCGCAACAGGGCUAUGGUCCGUCCCAGGGAGCCCCAGGCCAGUACCCCCAGGGUUACCCCCAGGGCCAGGGGCAGCAGUACGGGGCCUACCGGGGCCCCCAGCCCGGCCCCCCUCAGGCCCAGCAGCAACGCCCAUACCCAGGCUACGAUCAGGGUCAAUAUGGAAAUUACCAGCAAUGAGAGAUGGCCAUGGCAGUCACUGUCAGUCACCAAGAGCCCCGCUCUGACCUCUAACCUCUGACCUCUGUACAACUGUUAUCUGGACUUUUAUAACGGCUGCAGCUCACAGAGACGCCCACACACACACACUUUGCCCUCUGUAUCCCCUAUGUCUGGGCCUUAUGUAAUGAGAUGAUUGUGUUCACUUCCAUUUCUCCCCUUCUAGUCUGAGUUAAGUCUCAAAGCAGCAAUGCCUUAAAACCAAACAGAGCUGCCUUAUCCAGAGCACUGCAGAUUUCGAAAAGGGCAAAAAAUUACCCGUAAAAUUCAUUUUGUCUAGAUCAGAGGACAGAAGUGUACAGAACUGAACUUCACACUCUUGUAGGGCAAUGUUUCUCCAUCCAAUAGCCCCCUGUUCAUAAGAAGCAAUAAUGCCAAUGGGAAGUGGAGGGGUGGGACGGGGAUGGAGUGAGGAGAUUUUAACACCAGAAACAAAAUUCUGUACGGCUAUGUUAUAUGUCAAGGUCAACAUAUGUGAUGAUGUAAACAUGUAUUUUAUGAUUUUUAGAUGGAGCUAAUUUUGUAUAAGAAUUUGGAGUACUGUUGAAUAUAGUUUCUGUUUUCCUCCUGAAGUGUUAUGUCUCUUGAUGUAAGUUGUGAUUAACAUUGUUUUCAUCUGCUAUUUUGUUUGUUCUUUUGUUAUUUGUAACCCCUGAUUUCCCUUUGCUUCUUCAAAGACUUGUACAUUGAAUAUGUGCUUGGGGUGAACAAAUCUGAUGCUUUGGUUUUCUGAAUGGAUUGUACAUAGAAAGCCCUCAAACAAACUGAGAACACCUAUCUGUAUUGGAGCAUCAGUGGUGAAACAUUAUUUCUUUGGGCAACAAAACAUGACCUGUGAGUGGGGCUGUAUUCUGACUUUGAGAUCUACAGUAUGUGUGUAACUAGGGUUGCAAAGCUACCGGUGAUUUUCCAAAGUUACCGGAAUAUUGCGUGAUUUUAGUCAUUAACAGAAUAUAUUGUAAUUUUGGUAAUCUAGUAAUCUAUACUUGAAUAACUUUUAAAAACUGUAUUCGUAUAUAGUGUUCAUUAAUUAUAUCUGUGACCAUAUUGUCCAUGAGUUUUAUAUUAGAUAGUAGGGUGGCAGGUAGCGCAUUGGGCUAGUAACCGAAAGGUUGCUGGUUUGAAUACCUGAGCAGACAAGGUGAAAAAUCUGCCGACUUGCCCAUGAGUGAGGAACUUAACCCUAAUUUGCUCCAGGAACGCCAUGGCUGACCAUGUCAAACACCACAUUUCUCUGGACUAAUCUGGUAUAUGUGACAUUUUUUUAUUUUACCAUAUUUUUCAAGAGAAAAUAACCUAAUUAAUGGCAAAAAGCAUCUAAUCAACCAUUACAUUAUUUUUACACUAAUCUAAUGAUUUACUUUUUUCACAACUGCCACCAGUUUGAUGCCCAAACAUUAAUAAAACAUUGACAUAAAAUAAAUAAAAGUUUGUAAAAAGGAAAUUUCAUGCUGAAACCCUCAUAUUAAACAAUAAUGAAUGGUAUUAGUUUAGUUUCUUUUUUAUUUAGGAUUGUUUAACAUCUUUGUCAUAUAUAUUUUUUACCUCUAUGGGAUCGGUGUCCCUAAACCUGGAUGGUUGUUACUAACGUGCGCUAAUGUGACUAGAAUGACAUAAGUAACAGCCAACUUUCCAGUACAUAGAUAUGUCUUAUAUGGGCAGAAAGCUUAAAUUCUUGUUAAUCUAACUGCAGUCCAAUUUACAGUAGCUAUUACAGUGAAAAAAUACCAUUCUAUUAAUUUGAGAGUGCACAACAACAAAACACUUAUCAUGGAAACUGGUUUGAUACAUUCACCUCCGAAGGUAAAUAGUGUACUUACAUUUAGUAAUGUUGCUCUGAUUUGUCAUCAUGAGGGUCCCAGAGAUAAAAUGUAGGAUAGUUUUGUUUGAUAAAAUACAUGUUAUAUUCAAAUGUAGGAACUGGGUUCUGUCUUUGGCCCGCCUGGCCAUCUAGAUGUGUGAAGGUUAGUGUUUUUUCUCUGUAGGGAAGCAAAUGAUCCAUCAUGUAUGACAUUCCUGAAUGUGUGUAAACUUGUAUUUUUUUAAUACCAUAGCUUUUUUGUGUGUUCUCUAUAGUUAUGUAUCAAUUGACCAAUUCGGCACAUUUGGGCAAACUCCUUUCAGACUUGAUACAAAAUAUAGUGUACUAAUGUAAUGCUUCACUGGAUCAGUCUGAAACUUUACACACACACACUGCUGCCAUCUAAAUUACACCUAAACUCCUAUCUGAAUGUAUGGCCUUUCUCUUGCAUUUCAAAGACGAUGGAACAAUUAUUCUUUUCUGAAAACGCAUGUUUUUGAUUGUAUUAUCUUUUACCAGAUCUAAUGUGUUAUUCUUCUACAUUAAUUUUACAUUUCCACAAACUUCAAAGUGUUUCCUUUCAACUGGUAUCAAUAAUAUGCAUAUCCUUCCUUCAGGUCCUGAGCUACAGGCCGUUAGAUUUGGGUAUGUCAUUUUAGGUGGACAUUUUAAAAAAUGGGCCGAUCCUUAUCUGAUUAAAAAUAUUUCAGAUAUUUUACAUGUUAUUACCCACACAGGAUCAGAGAUUAUUAGACACUUGUCAUAAUCUGAAUUACACAAAUGGGCCACUAGAUGUCUUCUGACAGAUUGUAAAAAAAAAUCCUUGGAAGAUAAAAAACAAUUCUGUUAAUUUACAGGUCAACUUUGAAUGUUUCAAGUAAUACACCCUCCCUUUGCAAACCUAUGUGUAACACAAAGCACUGAGCACAUAUUCAUAAAGUGUCUCAGAUUAGGACAGCUGAAUUGGGAUCAGUUUAGCCUUUUAGAUAAUAUGUAAGAAUAAAUAGAUAGGGGAGACCUGAUCCAAGAUCAGCACUCCUACUCUGAGAUGGUUUAUUAAUAGGGCCCCUGAAUGCUUCCAGUACCCCCUGCUUCUCCUAAAAGUUGAAUUUAGAACCAUGUAUCUUAUGGCCUUGGCGCUUCAGUGUGCUCUGUUAUUGGUAGCUGAAUAAGAGAUGAAUUCAGUUGGGGGAUAUUCCAAACAUAUGUCUAAUGUGCAUCGGACACAGCUCUCUGGAGAAUAGUGUCUGCUCGAUACAUUACGUUUUUACCUGCAACUUUCUGAACGUUUUGCCCGUGCUCAAUAUUCCCAUAAUGGGUCUGUGGGAGUGCAUUGACCACAGACUGUCAUACAUUCAGUAUGUUCAGCACCACAUAAGCUUGUUUCAGACAGAAUGAAUCGUCUUUACAAUGUUGGAUGAGAUUUCUCCCCCGAAUAAACUUUUACAUUUUUGUUAUUUAAGAAAAUGUAAUGUACGUUAACCACCAACAGAAUAAUAUGAGUUAUGGAGUAUAACGUAAGUAACCACCAACAGAAUAAUAUGAGUUAUGUGGAGUAUAACGUAAGUAACCACCAACAGAAUAAUAUGAGUUAUGUGGAGUAUAACAAAGUGUUACGUUAUACUCUAAACUGAGUGUCUUGCUGUAAUGAUUUGAGAUACAUUUCCUAUGAUGUCAUGCAACAUUUCACUCUUGUACAGACUGGUUGUGUUAUUUUAUGAAACCUUGGGCUUGAUAUACAUUUGUACAAUAUGCAUAAAUCAUGCACAUAUUAUAGAGAAGAUAGAAGUAUGGUGAUUGGUUUCCAGUCAGCCUCAAAGAUACUAACCUUGGUAUGCUUUAGUACAUACCUUGUAAUAAAUGUUUUGUCUUUCAUUUACCCUGUAGCCAACAUGAUGUUACUGUAAGUGUCAUUGUGAUGUGAAACUGUACAGUAUGUCACUGAAAAACUGCAACAAUAAAUUGCUUGAAUUUUUUUUAUA